CUUAGUUUCUCUACUUCUACAUCAGCUGUUGUUGGGGGACUCUUUUGGCAUUUAAACGUUUUUGGUGUUGUGAAUUCUGACUUAUUCUCUGUAGAGCAUAUCUCAGAAAGUGGAUUCUUCAAAGUGGAUUCUGUUUUUGAUGUGGCCCUGAAUGUGUCUUCAUUGCUUUGAUCUUUUAAAGCCAAAGGUACUUGUACAUUGUAUUUACUGCUACUGGGCUCAUUAACUGACUGAACUGAACUUUGACAACUUUGGUUUCUAUACAGUGAAUAAGACUGCUGUUGAAAAAACAAACACAGACCUACUAGUUUUGUAAAUAGUUAUGAAUCAAUACAAAAAUACUUUGGAUAACUAUCCACUAAUUAUUUGACAUAUGGUUGUGAAAAGACUAAAUUUAACUAGCUUUUUGUCAAACAUUAGAGCUGUUGCUAAGGAGCAUAAACAUUUCUCAACAAUAUAACCGCUCAAGCUUAGAAAACAUAAGGAUUAAGUUGAAGGCAAAGGGCAGUUAACUGGAAAUUAUUAAAAAGGUUGAUGUAAGUAAAUGAAAAACACAAAAAUACCUGAUGUGCACCAGCUGAUCCUGAUUUUGUUUCAUAUCUUAAACCCAUAUUACUAUUAGUAUGAUGUUUAUCUUCAUCUGUGACCAGGUGGCAAGCACCCAUGGAGGACUGUUCCAACAAAUUCAUCUAUUACAAACAAUCGUGCAUCUUAACACACAUUUAUUUAUCUUAACUGAAAGUACCAAUAUGUAAUUUUUAAAAAUAAAUUAUUGAAUUUUCCCCUUUUUGAAAAGGAAAAAUAUUUUCUAAAUAAUAUCUCGAAGUCUAUUCCUAAUAUCUUCUAUCUGUAUCUCAUAUAACAAAUAAAGUGCAUUACUAUUUUUGAAGCUCUGUAUUAUUUGGUUGAAAAACAAACAUUGUUGCAUUUUUUUAAAAUGGUUGUGUUUUUUUGUGGUUGCUUACUUAACAGCUGCCGUCUUCUGAAUUCUGUGCUUCAGGUUUUUAUUCAAGGUUCACAUUUCACUCAAGAAUAGCUGUCUUUCUAAACUGUCAAAUCCAUUAUGCCCAACUACUUGUUCAAAAUCGGGAAUGAUCCCAGAUGGAAUUUGAAACUGCUACCCAAAACAGAUUUAAGCCCAUUGAUUAAUAAGCUAAAUCAAAAUACAAAUUAUAAUCUGAGAUCCAUUUCAUUGAUGCUGUUAAAAAAUCUCAUAAUGAAGCCCAAUUUACAUUAGGAAUGUUCACACUCAACUAAAUUUUUAAAAACUGCACAUUUUGAUAUACAUGUUACAUAACUUACUUCCUUGAGGACUUCUUCAGUGUUUGUCUGCUUCCUUCUGAAAUAAUAAAAUUAAGUAUCCAUAUAACCAUCUUAUGUUGUUCCAAUAUUACAUCAAUAAAUAUUUCUAUAGUUACUGAGCAAGUAUUCAAUGUUACAAUUAUGAGCUCCUGAGCAAAAAUAAAAUUUAAAAAACAUGUGUUUGACACUCACUGAUAUAAAAAGGAACACGGAAAUCAGUAUGAGGUUGAAAUAAUGUUUAUAUGACAUUUUAAAAAUACUUCAGUUAUAUUAUGAUUCUUAUGAAUUUGACCUCAGCAAAAACUCAGCUUUAAUCAACAGAUCUGUACUAAAGACAAAGUUUUAAUUAAUGAUCAAAUAAGAACAAAUGAAAAGAAAUAAUAUCAAAUCUGUGUAAAUAAAUUAAAUGAACUGACUUGAUUGGAUGAUCUAACAAUUCUGGGCAUCCAGCUGUCGGACUGCUGUCACUUUUGGUAUUGUAUCUCUUGGAAAAAUCUUCAAGGAUAUAAAAUGAUUCUUAUUUAACUACACAUUAUAUAUAAAUUUAAAGAAUUUUUUUUCUCUAAAAUAGUGAUUGUGUAUAAUAUGUUUUUCUAUAGUUCAAUAUUUUUCUUUUUAAUCCAGUUUGACAAAUUACAGAACUUGUGCAUAUUAUUAAGAUUUAAUAUAAUUUUAAAUCCUCAUUGUAAUCAUACAAUAAACUUCAGUGGUUUAUAUUCUAAAUAGAGAAAUAUUGAAAUAUAAGCCUUGCUAGGUGUAAUAAAAUGAUAUCAAAAUAGCACAUAUACUCUAAAUGUAAAGGAUGGUUGUUGUUUCCUUAGAGGAUGUACAUUUUUAAAAUGUUUGAUUAACAUGCAUGUCAAUAUAAUCUCACUCAGAGCAAAGGUUAUGUGGUUUACACCAACAUGUUAAUCUCAAUUUGUUUUUUCUUUACUUCCAGUACAACUUAUGAUUUUCAUACAUCUAUCUAUACUAACAUGUACCAUAAUGUGUUUAACAGCUUUUAUGAAAUAAAUUUUUAUUAAAUGUGUUAAUUAAUUAGUGGCCUUGUUUCUAAGACUGCCAUCAAUAAAUUAGCAAUGAUUUUACCCAUGUUAAAAGAGCAGCUAAAUUAAUGCCAAGAGAGAUAAACCUGAGCCAAGUGUGACUUGUUUCCCUUUAAUUCUGUUGUUAUGCUCUCUUGAAUGUUGCCAUUCUUUGAUGGGCAUUGCUGAUUGUUUUAAUUCAUUGCUUGGUUCUGGAUAUACAUCUGCCACAAACGGUGAAUAUCUUAUAGAUACAGAAAAAGCUAUGUCACAUAUUAAUCUCUAGAUGAUAAAUUAUAUAAAAAAAUAAAAGUAAAACAAAAUUAGCACAACAAUAGACUAUAAUACUUUAAAUAGAAACUUUAUAUUUGGGCAAAUGGAUAUAGAAAUCACAAAAUUUCAAAAUCAAGAUUGAUUAUUGCUCCAAGUGUUUAAAUUAGCCUAAAUUAGGUUUUUAGAGAAAUCCAACUAUUCUCAUACAAAAUGUGUUUGUAGGAUUAAAAUACACCUUUGUUAAAUAAACAUUUUUAAUAUGUGAUAAUGUAAUUGGUAAUUUUUUUGGUUGCUCUUUUUUAUAAUUGAUAUAAUUAUUAAUAUUGUAAAGGAUCCAGCAGAGAACUCCCAUCCUCAUUCAUUUAUUAAAAAAAAACCUGAAUAAAAUGAGAGAAUAUAGAGAAACAAAGUUUUGAGGAAAGCUAUUUUUUUUUUUAUAGUGCAAUCCUUGAAUUUGUUUUUUUUUUUGCACACAGCAAAAAUUAUUCACAGUUGAGUAUUAUGUUCUCUCAUAUGUAAAGGUUUGUAAAGGGGGACUAUUUAGAAUAAAUUUAGGCAGAGAAAGAGAAAUUUAAUAAGAUGGCACCUAUUAACACAGUUUUAGUCGCUCUGGAAGUGUACUGUGUCAACAGAAGGGAACGUCCAAUGGCUAUAGCAAAUAAUUUCUUUUAAAUAUGUAAUAAAUAUUAUUUCCAUUGAUCAUAUUUCAGGUUUAAGGGUUAUUGCAUUAAUAAAAUUUAGAGUCUAAAUCACGAAAUGGAUUUCUCAAAGGCACUGAAGCUAUGUCAUUUUGAUUCAAUAUAAUUUAUUCAUUGUGGCAUUUAAUUAGGAAUCUGAAACUCCGAUAUUAGAGCAAUGUUCAUACAUCUGGUCUGAAGCAUUUUAAGGUACUCACCUAUGUGUGUUUGACAAGCUUCUUUCCUUUUGGGUAUAAAAACUUGGCUGCUUAUAUAUAUUGCUAUUCAGCAGAGGUUGACUUUUUCUUUGCAAUAGUAAUUGUGAGCCAGUUUGACCCAAUGAGACAUGUACUCCACGACCAUUUGAACUCAAGGAAUCUGGUGACACCAUUUGAAGUGAAUCAUCUUCUAUCAGGUACUGUUGGGAGUAGUCCAGUCCAGUUGAAACUAAAAAGCUAAUUUGAGAAGAAGCUGGAAUACCGACACUAGAUUUAGUUGGGCCAUUACUAUUAUAGCUAGUGGAAUCACUAGCUACUUUUUGAGGAAACAUAUAUCUUUGGUUCUCAAAAUCAUUUCUUGAAAUUCUUUCAUCCUUGUACAACAUACUAUCAAAAGAUCGAGGAGGCCAUGUAAAAAAUGACCCACUAGCCAUUUUGGAUUUUUUCAUAUUGUCCACAGAACAUGGACUCCAAUUGGAUCUUGAGCUGUUCGUACAUUCUUUUUCAUGGUUUUGUAGUUUUUUAUUGUCUCUAACUUUAUUGUACAUUCCACUGCUUCUUGUAUUAUUGAGAUGAGAAGUAUUGGUCUGUAGAAACUGUGUCAAUCCACUAAUUGGAAUUUUCGGAGACUGCGCAUAUGUUGAGUCAUCUACAAUUGGUUCAUUCAAAUAACUGUUUAAGCUAUCUUUUGAUAAGGUGGAAUGACUUCUUUUAGAUUCAGGAGAAUCAAUAACGCUGACUUCAAAAGUGUCUGUGUCCUUGCCUGUAGUAAACACCGGGUCAAGGCAAUGUUGUGAAGAGGAAAAACUUUCUAUAUUCAUCAUGUGGUAUUGAGAAUGAUGACCAGGGUAAAUAUCACAUUCUGAUACAGAAGCCAAAGGGUUAGACAUUUCAAAUCCAUCAGCUGACUGAUCUCUAAACUGAUGCAAGUAUAAAGAAGAAACUGGCUCAGUGGUACCCGCUGCUAUGGAAAAUUCAGAUAUGCUAUCUUCUGGUUUCAUCGGACAAUUAUAAUGGGCUGAAUAAACAUUGGACGGGAAGUUGUUCAAGUCAACAGCAUCAUUAGUUGUUGCCAUAGGAUAAGACUGGAACAAAAUGACAAUCAACAUUACAUUCAAGUGUCUGAAGAAAAUUGUUUUUACACAAAGAAAUUCUCCUAUCACUUGAUUUUUUUGGAAAAAAAAUAUUCAGACAAAAUGUAAUAUAAAAAUCCCCCAAACAAAUUAAAAUACAUGACAUAUAUGUUUAAAUAGCAAAUCUAUGACUUGGGCUUAAUUUUAAAUGUAUAAAAAGGAACAAGAUGGGCUAAAUAAACUUGAUAUGAAAUUAAAACUAGCCAUUUGAAAUCCGCUAAACUUUUUAAAAAUUAUCUAAAUAAAAAUAAAAAGGUACAACCUCUCUUGUAGCUGGUGCUGAGUCAAUCUUAUAGGGUUGUCUAGUCUGUGUAGAUGGGGGCCUCUUGUUAGAGACAGGUUUUUUAAUAGUCUUUCCAAACAAAUCAAUACAUCCAUUUUGGCCUGAUUGAAUUUGGUCUAUUGAGAACAGAUCUACACUUUGAGAGACUUCCAUUCUAGAGAUGGGUGCCACUCUUUUGCAAUGCUUUCUGCUGUUUAGAUCAUUUAUAGUUAAAAAAUUAAUAACAUUCUACUGUAUCAUUUAUUUAUAUCACAAGCUCUUUGUAAAUUUUGCUGCCCAUCAUCACUCUCUCAUUUAUUUAAUAUAAACUACUGUUGAAUAGAUUAGAAGACGGUGAAAUAGUGUUAGAACCAAGACAACCUUAACUCAAACAAUAUUGAUGGUUUAGAAUAGCGCAUUUACAAAACUUAGAGGAAUUAAACAAUGCUGUAAGUGCAUUUCAACUGUGAAAGGGAAAGGAGUGAUGUUGCCAGAUUAUAAAAUAUUAAUAACUGAAAAGUUGUUGGUUAUUUUUUGCAAAAUAAUAAAUAUUUAACAUCAUUUUUAUCAAACUUAAUUUCAUCAAAGUUUGUGCUCAAAGAGUAUGAGAGGCCUAUUUUAUUAACCUAACUUAAAGUAAAAUUUUCUGAUAAAAAAUCAUUCAAAUAAUGAAUAUUAGUAGCAGUUAUAGGUUACAAAUUAUUUAAUGCCAAUGCUUCUUUUAUGUAGAAAAUAAGUCUAUAAGCUUGCACACUUAAAAAUUUAAUAAGAAAUAGCCAAAAUUUAAUUUUGAAAAACAAUUUUUUUUUUACUUUAUCUGGAUUUUAAAAAAAAUUCUAUUUUAAAUCAUUUUAAAAUGAAUAUUUAUUUUAAUUUAUUUUCAUAAAGUUAUUAUAAUAAAAAAUGAAAGUUCUAUUUUGUCAUGAUCUAGAGUGCUACAAUCUAGUCAAUGUGGGUUAUCUUACCCUAGUGAUGGGGGGGUGUACGACAAAGACAGAACUGAAUGUCUCUCUAUUGGGGACACUGGCAGCUCAACGACAUUGACCCGGCCAAACAUAUUAACACCUUUUUGUUAGGAAAACAAUUAACAUGUAAUUAGUAAUGACACAUUAAAUAUAACAUCAGAGACAAGUAAUUAGACAUUAAUUCAUUUUGUUUUGUUUUAUGAGCCUUUCUCAUUCAAGGGGGUGCAAUAUAUGGAAAUAUUUCUCCAUAUUAAUCAGUGUCAGUUCAGGUAAUAAAAGCUAAGAAUUUCUCUAUGCAUUAUGAUAAUAUUAUUAUUAUUUAAUUUCUUUUAAAAAUAUAUCAGCAUGCCAAAAUAUUUUGGCGUUAGAAAUUGUAUAUUUUUUAAUUAAUUGUGGUCACUCAUAUUGAACCACUUGUAAUGGGCACGUUGUUGCAGAUGAUCAAGAAUAUUUAAAUGGAAGAUGAUUAUAUUUGAAAUAAUAGACAAGAUAACAUGAUCAACUUACAACCACCAUUGUCAUGAAUAUGAAUUCCAGUUUCAUUUAUUAAUUAUAAUGCAGACUCUGAUAUGAUCCCUUUAUAAAUAUUUAAAUUGUGUUCUUGAAAGACAGGAGACACUUUAUUCUAAUUUUAAUAUUGAGUGUAAAUGCUGUUACUGUUAUAUUGUAGGCCUAUACAUCUCUACUCUAGAAAACAAAACAAUAAUUAAUUUUUAAAACCAUUUAAGUUGUAAGGUUUUAUUGAAAUUAGAGAAGUUUAAUUUAAUUUUUGCCAACUAAUGAUUAGUUGGAGUAAUCUAAUUUUAAACUGAUUAAUAUUUUUAGUUGAAUUUACAUAUUUUUAUGAAGAACAGUUGUGUGAUAAUUGAAAAUAAAAGUUAAUAUAUUUUCUGAUAUAACAAGGCACCUCAUAUUAUAUAAAAGACACUAAUAUAUUUUUGGUUUGUCACAACAACUGACCUCGAAUACAAACAGUAUUAUGGCCUUGUAAAUUAGCACUGUGUAAAAUUUAAUACUUUGAUGCCAUAAAUGACAUACAUGCAACCAGAGUCAAAGACACAAACACCUAUAGCUGAAAAUUCUAUUUUGGGAAACGACUCAAUUCUUGAGCAACAACUACAAGCAAAUUGUGACCACAAAUUUGUAGGAAAGAAAUUAGUUGGAACUCAAGUUUAUUCAAAAAUAAAAUAAUGGGAAAUCACAAUAAUUAAUUUCAGAAAAAAGUUAAAAUUUUAAACAUUUCUCACUCACACCUUCCCUUAAAAUAAUAAAUAUAUAAAUAAAUAAAUGUCUUUUUAAAAUUUUUAUUGUGAGCAAACUUGCAUUCAAAAAAAUUUCUUUCAAACAAAUUUCUGGAUAGCAAGCACAAACUAGAGUACUUAUUUAUAUUGUAUUUUAAAUUAUUAAAAUUUUUUAAAAUUUUGAUAUUAAUAAACCAAUGUAAUUUAAAAAUUAAUGUAAUAUUUUAUACUUUAUAGUCUACUGUGAUCUCUAAAACAAUUUUUUAUAUAGAAUCUUGAUGUUCUGAUCAUGUUUCAGUAAUACUGUUUUGUUUAUUAGUCAAGAAAAAUUAUGUUGUUUUUUGUAGCAUAAGAAAAUAACAUCCCAGGUUAAGCUUUGAUGCACACAUGUUAAGUCUCACCUCUAUAGUAUGGUUGUAAGCUAUCUGAAUUAAAAGGGAGAAUGAGCUAGAGUGUGUAACAGCCAUAUAAUAUGUAGACAAGCUUCAAUGAUGUAUGUACUGUAAUACUGAAGUCAAAAAAUAAGGUUUAUUUGAAGAAUACACUUGUGAAAACUUUCAAGAAAAUGUUUUCUGAAUAAAUGUGGGUAAAAAAUUGAUACAAGAUUUGAAGCCAAUAGACAGGCAUCAAACAAACCUAAUAAAACUAAAUGUGGAGCUCUUAAUAAAAAAAAACAAAAAACAAAAAAGAGUUUACCUCUUGGAAUCUUUGUCUUGCCAUCAAGAUUAACCACUUUAACCAGAUGAUCGUUGUUACUGUUUAAUGGCUCUGAAAUAAACAAAGUAUCAGUGUCCCAGGAACUGAAGCAACUAUAUAUAUUAGACCAACUAAAUAAAACAAUUUUUUUUAUACUUCAUUUUAUCUCAAGCCUUUUUCUAAUUAAUGUUUUAAUGUGUUCUUUUUUAUUUCAUGGGAAUUAAAACUUAUUAAGUGAUUAAAGACUAUAAUUCGCUUUGUGUUUCUUGACAUUUUAACUCUCUGUUUGCUUUUCUACUCCUAAAAAUUGUAAUGGUGAAAUUUUAACAAGAAUUCCAUAAUUAGAAAUGCACAAAAUGUCUUUUGGAUGAAUUAUUCAGUAAAGUUUACUAAAGACUAUAUUAAUGCGUUUCAAGGUUAUGCCAAAGUUUAGAUCCAAAGCAUUGCUUAUGUGGUUCUUUAUUUCUAAUAAUAAUAUGAUUCUGCCACUAUUGCAGUCCUUAAAUAUUUCAUAGGGUGCAAACAUCUAUUUAAAGCACUGCAUUAAAAAAUAAAUAAAAAUGCUUUGCAUCAUUUUUUUUAACAUAAGUAGUUGCAAAGCUGAAAAGUUAAUUUUUUUUUUAUUUUAUUAAUAUUAAUAUAUGAAAUAAUGUGCAGAUUUUCAGAAUAUACAAGAGUUACCUUUUUGACUGUUCAAUUUUCUUUGCAUUUGAAAUGCUAGAACAUCUUGGCUCACUUUGACUGGCUUGUGUUUGCUUGAAGUCUCUCUCUCACCAUCAUUUCUCUUAACUUCUGAAUGGUAUAAGUGGCGAAGACGCUUUCGCUCAAAGUAUUCCUGAAAGUCAGAUAUGGCAUCUUGUAUUACUGCAUAAUUUUUCAAAGAUGUAAUGUUUGAGUAAGUUAAGAUACUAAUAAUUUGUUUUCUAAAUAUAUAUCAGUCAACCUUAUGAGGUAAAUUCUUGUAUACAAUAUGUAAUUAAUAAACUGUAUAUAAAUAUAUAUAUAUAUAUAUAUAUAUUUACCUCUGGGCGCCACAGGGCACAGUUUGGUAAACACUGGGUUAUACCAAACAGACAGGGGUGAAAACAUUAAUUCUUAAAGUUUAUGCUGACUUUCUUUAAAUACCUCUGUGUGUCAUAAUUGUCCAUAAAUAGAUAUAUACAGGUGGUUGAAAAAAAAGUGUGUGGGGGAAGUAGAUUAUAAUGUGUAUGUUUGCAUGGAGGGGGGUUCCAAAAAAUUAAUGGGUUCAACAGGGGGCCUUUUUUAUAGUAUUAUAUACUAUAUGGAUGGCCCCUUAAGUAAUAACAUGUAAACUGGUCAGAUGAUGUAAUGUCCAGUGAUGCAGUGGUAGCACUGUUAUACUAUAUAAAUGUAAGUUACAUAGCAAAAGUAAGUUACAUACCAAUGUAAUGAAUAUUACAAUGUAAUAAGAAAAUUAAUUAACUAAAAUUAAGGGGCCAUCUAUAAAUAACGUCAUGCUAUUUUGGCUGAUUUUUUUAUACUACCCCCCCCCCCACACACACACACAGACACAAACAAAUUGUCAAAAAUGUGUAACUCAAAUUAGACACUUUAUCAGGCAUUAAUCACACAUUCAUGGCUUCCCCCCCCCCACCACACCAAACCCCCAGACAUAGCUUUUGGAUGACCCCGAAAUACAUGUAAGCCUAUUACUAUUUUACACUUUUAAAUAAUUAACUAGCAUUGAACAGGCAGCUGAGUGGGCUCAUAGUUAUACUUAUGAAAUUGACAUGUUAAUGUAUGAAUCAAUGAAUGAUAUUAUUGAUAUUGUCAAAUGAAUUUCAAAUUAAUGGUUUCAAUUAUUUUUAUGGUUCAUUCCCAUUCAUGUGUGUAUUGAUAAAGGACUCAAUUGUAAAAUGUUUAUUUUACAUUAGCUGCUGACAUCUACUGAAUGAAUCAAAGUUGUUUUUUUAUUAUGUAAUAUAGCUGUAGUGUAGUCAGGAUAUAGUAACAAUAAGAAACUAGGUCGAUCACUGUAAAUUAUAUUUAAAUUUUAAAAAGAAAAUAACUAAAAUGCAUAUUUUACACACAACCCUCUCCAUUCUCCGCUAAAAAUGAAACAACCCCUCACCCUGCUAUUUUGUCAGGUGAUCUACAGGUUGAGAACCAAUUAUUUAUUUAAUUCAAGUAAUAUGUACAAAAAUUUUUUAUUUUUUUUUAAAGAUGUACUGGUUCUAUGUUUCUCCCCAUUGGGUGGAACACAUGACAAUACAGUAUACAGAAAGUGAGAAGAUAAUUUUUUUAUCACCGGACCCGUUUUUUUACAGGGUCCGGGUAUAUCGCAAGUGGGGGGAGGGGGGUGUUAAUACUCGUCAUUUCGAGGUCAGCCCUAAUGUAUUGAUCAAUCAUUGUUUAUUGGGCUUAUUGUGAAUGUGAUUCAGAUUUCGUUAUUCACAUCGAGUGUGUUACAACUGACAACUGUCACUGUGGUGUGGUCGUGAUCAAUUGUCUUUAUCAAUCAUUUCAGGAAAUUCAGUCACUGUCACCUUUUGAAUUUUGUUGUCACUUUUUUGAGGACCACGAACUCUUGUUCUUGCUCCACCAACCCAAUUCAUAGUAAUUUCAAUUUAUAUAGCUUUAUCUUGUUUUAGAGAAACAAACGGUACAAACUUUAGCUAUAAUUUUGGUGUUGGAUUAGGGAAGAAAGAGACAAAUAAUUAUGUAAACAAGUUUUCCUUUUUAAAUAGCAGACGGUGUAGCUAGAGUAUCAUUAUCAAUACAAAGUAUGUGCAAAUAGCGUUUCAAAUAAAAUGCUAUUCUAAGAGAAAUGUUCACAUUUUGAAAUGACCAGUUUGGUUUUAAAUAAAAGAAACAAUUUUUAUAUUUAACAAAGUGGAAACUUUGUGAGAAUAAUGGAUCUAUUCACUUUGAAAGAUAAAGUAAAAUAUUUAAAUAUAUAUGCCUUUUAUAUAUACGCAUUUAAUUUAACAUUUCGCUAUUUUAAUUGCUAAUUUUGCUAGCCGCUUUUUAACUAUUUAAGGUUGGUAAAAAGAAAUCUGCCAAGUUAAGGUCAACGUAGGAACAACAACAAAAUGGACUCGUUUAUGACAGAUACAUACUUUUCAAACAUUAACUAAUUUAAUAAAUCUGUCUCCAGGAGGUUCUUUUACUUUAAGAACUUAAAAAUAAAUAAGGCAAUUCGGAACAUUAUAUAUAAACCUCUACAGUAAGCCGCGUAGCUAAUUUCUUUUAUUUUUUUAACCAACUGGCAACUGGAAAAAUCAUGAGGAUGAGUCUCAUGAGUGAAUUGUUGAUAAUGAAUUAGUAAUGAUAAUGUCUUAAUUUUUAUUAUAAUGAAUUAAUAUCAAAUUAGUGAUAGACCGAUACUUACUUAUUUUUCAGUAAGUACUUUACUUAACCCGAGCUAAAAGAGCUGUCUUUUGAUUAGUUAAAAAUCAAAGUACCAGUUUUGAGUAUGAUAAACCUGGGGAACAAAAGGGACCUUGGACUUAGAACACAUUGCCAGCCUUACCACUAACCCAAAAUCAACCUCACUGAGUUUUUGUGUAGGAUUCUCUCCCUUUUGAUUAUUUUGAAUUGUUACUAGAGUUAACUUUCCAGAAGUUACUCCAGGAAACUUGCAACUACAGGUCAUUGACGCAUAUUAGCCAUAUUGACAAUAAAGUUGCUACGUUCACAACAAAAUUACGCCAUUAAAUUUUAAAGUUUUGUUCCUAUUUUCGUUUCUCUCGAUAAAUAGCUAAUAAGCACAUUGUCUCUUUCCCCUUCCCAUUUUAGCAAAACUUAUUUUUACACGACCGCCAUAUUGGUUGGGGCGACCAAGAUGGUGGCGAUGGGUAAAAAGUGGCGUGGGUUGUGUAAAUUUAUCUUAAUGUUAAGGGGACAAGUUAUUGCAUUUUUAUUUAGUUUCAGAGUUUUUCCUUAUAAAUAUUCAUCUUAAAAUCUGUAAUCGAAAACCGUCAACAUCUGGACUAAAGCUGUCAUAAUUUUCUCUAUUUUUUUAAGCCCUAAAAUUUUCAGCAUAUGCUCAGUGUGUACUUUUCUAUGAUAUUCCUAUGUUGUUAAAUAGUUAUUAAAGUUACAUUUUAAAUUAGUGUAAUUUGAUUAAGAGAAGGUAAGACCACUUGUCUCAUUAUGCUCUUGCCCCACUAAACAUCUCGGAAUUCCUUGAUGGAGUUUUUUAACUAAUCAUAUCAUCACUGCCCUCGUAUAUCAAAGGUACCAACAAAGAUUUAAAAACUUUUGAAUCCAUCAUCAUCCCUCCUAAAAGAAAUUUCAUCUAUGUCUGCUUGAUGUAUGUUCUCUAUAUAAUUCGAUCCCUCAAACAGGCGGUCUUUAAUCUUCAUAACUAUUUCUUUUGAGUAAACCCAUCAAUCUAUACCUGUUAACACCUCCCUAACUCUAUACCUACUAAUACCUUCCUCCGAUUAGCUGAGCUUAUUCUUACCUUCAGUUCAUUUGAGUCCAAUUCUUCAAUCAAAUUAGUGGUGUUGGUAUGGGGACUACAAUGGGACCCAGCAUACGCAUAAUUGUUCAUGGGACAUUAUGAAUACAUGGUGAAGAGAAACUACACUGGAGGCCUCCCUGAAUUUUACAAACGGUACAUUGAUGAUGGUAUUGGGGUCUAUUCAUCAACUUUUUAGGCUCUUUUCACCCCUACAUUAAAUAUCAUUGUCUCUGAAAUCUCAGUUAACAAUUGUGAUAUUAUGGUCACCCUUACCAAAGACAGCCUACUCACCUCCGCCUACUUAAAACUUACUGACAGCUAUUCUUCUUCCCACCCUAAAUCCUGUAAGGACCGCAUUCCCUUUUCUCAACUACUGCGCCUUUGUCAACUUUGCCAGUUUAAGGAUGAUUUUUGGGACAAGGCACUUGAGAUGACUAUUUCCAGUGUAGGUCCUCCCCGGAGACAGAACCUUCAUCAGCCUUUCAACUCAAUAGUACUCAUGUCUUCCGGUCUCAUCCGAGUGACAGUUUUGACUGGACCAAACUUAUUCUCACAUUAACAUGUUUUCCUUAAAAACCGUGCCAUUCUCCCUACUGACCCUGACACUGUCAUCAUUUACUCAGCCCUAUUUAUAUAUUUUAUUUUAACUUAAGUGUAAUUACUCCUACUAAAGCCAGUUAUUAAUUAUUGAGGCCUUCUUAUAACUUGACGUUGUAGACCUAGCAUAAUUGUUGAAGCCCUACCUAGACUAGUAGUAGUAGGCUCCUAUACUAGCUCACUCAUACACUGAAACUUGGGUUACCGGAUUCUGAAAAUGAGCCUAUUUUAUGUUAUUAAUGACAAAUAGGCCUAGAAACUCCCCAAGUUUCUUGACAAAGCAUCAAAUGAAAGUUUUUGUUUGAGUAGACGGAUUAAGUUAAUUUAGUAUUUGAUAGGAAAAGUUUUUUUAGUGACCAAAAAAUUAUAAAGUUAUUGAAAGAAUAUUUUAAUGUAGAAAUAGAAUUUACAAAACAUACCUUUAUUUCAAAGUCUUUUUGAUACAUUCUGUAUGACAUUACAUGGUGCUUUUUACAUUUUGUUUUCUGUAUGACAUUACAUGGUGCUAUUCACAUAUUUUUUUUCUGUAUGACAUUACAUUUUGUUUGACAGAAUUUUGCUUAUAAUUGUAACCAAAAAAAUGUUUCCAUAGUCAUUAGAAAAUGUUUGUCUAACUAUUAGAAAAUUUUUGUCUACCGGUAUGUCAAGAAAAUCAAGACAUUUUGAGGUCUUGAAUUAAACUUUAAACAAAAACAAAAAACUUAUCGAUGUAACUAAUUUUCUUUUUUUUAUGUUAUGUACUAGUAGUUAAUCAAAAUUAUCAAAAGUUAAAUAAUCACUAAUCACAUUUGUUUUACUAUGAACAGGUAGAUUUACAAUACAAGUUGCCUCAACAUUUGUUUAUUCACCCUAAGUGAUAUUGAAUGAUUUUGGACUACUUCAUCAAAACAUCCUGGAUUUAACUAAUUCAUGUGAUACCAUCACAUGGGAUAAAUUUGAAUUCAAGUCUACGACUAAAAAUAAAUGACUUAUAAAUUCAUCUUGUAGCAAGUAUUGCUGGUGUAAAAAAUAUGAAUUUCCCUCUCAUGAUCUCAUGUGCAAGUUUAGGUUAAUGUGCAAGCUGCUAAGCCAUAUUGAACCUGAACCUAGAAACUAUUUAUGAAGCCAUCUUGAAAUAAUGGAAAGAAGUCAGUAAUUUUUGAAGGCAUUGUUACCUACAAGCUGAUAUACUCUUAAAGGCUGCUCUGGUGAUUAAGACGUAUUUGAGAAGAAAUCUUGCACUUCAUAGCUUUCAUUAUGACCAUCAAUAAAGUGGACAAACUAUAAAAUUAGCCAACAUUUGGGCCAAGACCUUUCUGUAGUUUUUUCUUUCUCGAUUUUUGCCUCUUGUAUAGGGUAUUAAGUCGGAAAAGAAACAAGGAAAAUGUCUAAUAGUAAAUUCUACACAGCCGCUUCAAAGACAAAUUUCACUGGGACCAAAGUUGCUACCGGUGCUGCUAUAUGUUUACUGGCAGCAUAUGGAGUCAAAUGCUAUUUUCCUAUUAUUGCCAAAUUAGUAUUUGCAAAGAAAAUAAAAAAAAACACUGUGAGUAAAUUUGAUACAGGAGGACCGAAAGAAACAAGUAAAGGGAAUUCUACCAAUACAUCCCCUUCACACAGUGCUCCUGAUCAGCAAAACAUUGAGAAAAGGGGCCCUAAUGUUGAUAAACAUUUCUACAGACAGUUACGCUACCUUAUUAAGAUAAUCAUUCCCAAAAUUUGGUGUAAAGAAUUUGGUAUUCUCUCCUUACACACUUUAAGCCUUGUGAUUAGAACAUUCCUCUCUAUAAUAGUUGCCCAACUAGAUGGCAGCAUUGUUCAAACUAUUGUUCAACGAAAUGUCACAAGAUUUGUUUUGCAACUAGCAAAAUGGAUUCUCUUAGCCGUUCCAGCAACAUUUAUAAACAGUUUGAUCAGAUUUCUAGAAAGCAAACUCGCUCUUGUCUUUCGCACACGCCUGGUUAAACAUGCAUAUGAAAAGUAUUUUGACAGCCAGACAUAUUAUCGUGUCAGCAACUUGGACAGCAGAUUGUCAAAUGCAGACCAGUGUUUAACAGAGGAUAUAACAAUGUUCACAUCAUCCCUUGCUCACCUGUAUUCUCAUUUAACAAAACCAUUGUUAGAUGUGGCCCUGAUGUCUUUCACACUCUACAGGCUUGCACAAAGUAGAGGUGCCAGCUCUAAGACUCCUACAAUUAUUGCAUUGGUUGUAAUACUCAUUACUGCAAAAAUUCUGAGGUCUGUUUCACCAAAGUUUGGAAAACUUGUGGCUGAGGAGGCAAAUAAGAAAGGAUAUCUGCGGUUCAUGCAUUCUAGAAUUAUUACAAAUGCAGAGGAAAUCGCUUUUUACAAUGGUCAUAAAGUAAGUAGAGAGGAUUGUUUUCGUUUAGGAACUUAUAUAUUUAGUUAGUUGUAAUUGUAUUUUAUUUUUAUUAACAUUAGUAUGUUUUAAACUUUUUAAAGUAAAUAAAAUAGUAUACUCUCUUUAAAAAAAGAUGUUUUGGUGAUAGAUAGCUGUAUAAUUUAAAAUUUGGAUAGCUGUAUAAUUUAAAAAUUUGGAUAUAAACUAGCUUCCAUAUAAUGCACCUCAAAAAAAAAAGUAAGAGAUUCAGCUUUACAAUAAAUUUUACCCUGCCUGUCAUGACAAUAGAUUUGUAUUUGUGUUACAUUGAGGUAACUAAAAAAACUCAGAAUAAUUAUCUAUAAUCCUACUUCCAGCAACAACAAAGGAGAUCUCUUAAGUUUUUUACUGUUCUUUGUUUCUUGUUGUCCUAUUUGUCCUGUUUGCUGAAGAAGGCUCUUAGCCGAAACAUCUGCAUCCUAUUGUCCUGUCUUUUGAUUAAACUUCAACAUACCUUGGUUUACUAUUUCAUCUAAAAAACUUAGUUCUUUACAUUGAAUUCACAAAAACAGAUUUUCUUGUUUGUUUAUUUUAUAAUAAAUCAUAAUCAAGAAAAUGUCAGUAUGCAACUUGGAAAAUGCAACAAAGAGACAUGAGGAUCAUAUGUUCAUCCAUAAUUUAUGCAUACAUUGUUACAUUUUCAGAUAGAGAAAUCCCUACUGUCUAGGUGUUACAAUGCUUUAGUUGGGCAAAUGGAUCUGAUCUUUUACAAGAGGCUUUGGUACAUAAUGUUAGAGCAAUUUCUUAUGAAAUAUGUUUGGAGUUGCAGUGGAUUAGUGAUGGUAGCAGUUCCAAUUAUUACUGCUACAGGCAUUAGAGAGGAUGGUAAGUUGAUUUAGUUGUGUAUUAUUAUUUAAAAACCUUAAAAAUAUUUUGCCAUUACUUUAGUAAUGUCACCAGUGAAUGCCUAGAUUAUUUAUAGAUAAUUUGAAAUAUAAUUUGGCCUUUGAAUAUUUCCCUGUUAAUAAAAUCUGUUGUAUGCACCUGAACAAGGCAUAGGAAAUUAUGGAUCACCUUUUGGACAUUUGUAAUCAGAAAUAAUGCCCUUCCCAAUGACACUCCUACAAGGGCCGAUAGUCAUAUCUUGUUUUGCUUAUACCUUAAUAUGAGAGCUGUAUUAUUGGGGAGCUGAAUAAUGUAAUUGGAAGAACAAUUAUUUAAUAUUAAGAAAUGAAAUUUUGUUUGUAAUUGAAGGUUGUCAGAAAUAUAUAUCUGGUUUGAAAUUUUAAGAAAUGACAAAAAGCAAUUGAAUUGCUUAUGCCUGGCCAUGUUGUUAUUAAAUAAAAUAUCUGUGAUAUCUAAGUUUCAACUAUUGAAAAAAAUAAUUAUAAUUUUUCUAUCAUUAUAACCUUAUUUCGCAGUUUCAUUUAAUUAAAGGCUUGAAAUGAGACCAUUCAUAUGGGUUUAUUAUCUUAACAGGGUUGAGAAAACUGGUAUUAGAAAUUAAUGUUGAUAACAACUCUACAAGUCGUAGCCAAAAAAAAGCUAUUUUAACUACAUUUAAUAAAAAAGAAGAUUGAAAAGUUUAAAAUAAAUAUGUCCCCUUCUUUCAGCACCUUCAUUGUUUUAUAAGGUUACAUAACUUUGUCCACCAAAACCACUAUGUAUCUAUUCUUGACAUUUAUUCUUCUGUCUUAAGUGAAGUUUAUUUCAUUUGUGCAUUAACUGCUAAUCAAGCUGCUUAAACAACUGCUAAUCAAGCUGCUUAAACAAAUACAUUCCAUUUAAAUUUGUUUUUAAAUUAGUAAUGAAUACUAUUAUAUCUAAUACUGUUUGCACCAGGCUCCAGUGUAGAGGAUGAUGAUGAUGGUGGUGUCAGUGAAAGGACACGUUAUUUCACUACUGCUCGCAACUUGCUGAUAAGUUCUGCUGAUGCUAUUGAAAGGAUGAUGUCUUCCUAUAAAGAAGUAAGGUUUGAAAUUUGAAAAGGACAUCUGUAGCUUGUUUAAAAUGGCCAGAGUAAUUGUGUUUUGUUUGGAGCAUGCCUUUUCAUUUGUGUAUCAUGUAUCAUGUUGGGUGGAAGGAUUGGUUAAUUGUUGACAAGUUUUAAGUGUUAAAAUAUUGAUAAAAUGAAAACCUGAUAUAACAGUGUGGCUUUGCAUUUAUGUAACUUUCCCUGAACAAUGGACUUAAUGUAUAUGUAUGAUACAGAUCACUGAGCUUGCAGGCUACACAUCCAGAGUUUCCCAGAUGUUUGAAGUUUUUGAAGAUGUUAAAAUGGGAAGAUACCAACGGAAUACUGUCACAAAGCAGAAGUCCCACAAAGUAAACCAUGAAAGAAUUGCUGGCCCUCUUGUUCAGAAAGGUAUUAUUUAAGGUUCAAUACCUGCUAGUAUGAACUCCUAAAGUAAAGAUUAUUCAAAUUUUUUAAUGAUUUUUUAUUAGAGAUUUUUUAUACAUAUAUUUUAUUUUUUAAUUAGCAACAUUUCUUUUUUCAGGUGAUGUCAUUGAUACACAGUCAACAAUUAUUAUAGAGGACCUUCCAAUCAUCACUCCGAAUGGUGAUAUCAUUGUACAGUCGCUGUCUCUAAAGGUAAGGAUAAUUUUUAAUUUAUCCAUUUGAUAUUACUGUGUCAUAAGCUUGAUUAAAAUUUACUCAAGUUUUAUUUAGUCAUUUAUUGUUUGUUUUUUUUAAUUUAACUUUCAGUGAACAAUCUUUUUCUAUUCUAAAUGUAAUACAUUGUUCACUAUUGUAGGCUACAGCCUUAAAGAUAAGGGAAUAAAUUAUACAAAAUUUUUUUAAAAUUUUGUAGAUGGAGCCAGGCAUGCAUCUUUUAAUUACUGGUCCUAAUGGUUGUGGAAAAUCUUCAUUGUUCCGUAUCCUCAAUGGCUUAUGGCCAGUCUAUGGAGGAAAGCUGUGUAAGCCUCCACCUUCUUCCAUGUUCUACAUACCCCAAAGGUAAUGAAUGUCCCAUGUUCUUUAGUGAAGGAUUAUUUCUGUUCAGUUAUUUUAUUCAAUAUUUCCUCACUUUCAUUAGAAGCAGAAAAUCUGAAAGUAUUUUUACUGGAUGCUUUGAGUGCAAAACAUGCUUUAACAAACAAAAAAUGAAUUUAAAAUUUCAAGGAAAAACAGACAAAAAUAAAUAAAUGGUUGGAUCAAAAAGAUAAAGCCAGUUACAUAAUAGGCUUUAUAAAAAGAAUUGUUUCAAAGAUAUAAAAAGUUUGAUCUUUAUUUCUUUGUUAUUAUUUGUUUCAGUUUCCUUUAAUGUUUAAAGUAAAAAAAAAAUUAUCAUUGAGUUUCUUAUAUCCACAGACCCUACAUGUCAAUAGGAACACUAAGGGACCAAGUGAUUUAUCCUGACUCUGUGGCAGACAUGGCAGCGAAGGGCUUCACUGAUGAUGACCUGAUGAACAUAUUGAAGAUUGUACAUCUAGAUAACAUUGUACACCGUGAGGGAGGCAAGUAUCCUUGCAGAUCAUAAAAUGCUAUGUAGACACAGAAUGUCACUAAAAAUGAAGAGUUUUAAAUUAUGCUUUUUUUUUUCACUCCACUCAAUGUGUAUUUUAACAGCCCUCCAAGGCCCAGUUUUUUAUUUUGAGUCAAAUUAUUUCAUUUAUUCAAUAUUAAUGGAUUACUUAAUAUUGACAGUUAAAUUGAUAUGAUUUGAGAUUCAUCAGCAAUGCCAUCUUGAACAAUAUUCAUGUUUAUUGGGGGUUUUUGUGACAUAAAGGUAAUUAAAUGAAUCAUUAUUAAUUAUUAUUUUUUUUAUGUUAUGGAAUAUUUGAAAAUGAAAAUGAGCAUCAACAAACAAACAAAAUUUUUUUUAGUCCUCUAGUCUCAUUUUUUCCCAAUAAUGUGUACUUAUCAGGUUGGGAAGCUGAAUGUGACUGGAAGGAUGUAUUAUCAGGUGGAGAGAAGCAACGAAUGGGAAUGGCCAGAACAUUUUAUCAUAAGUAAGUUCUUAAGAUGAAAGAUAUGUUAUACGGCUAAAUAAACGCGUUAUUGAUUUUAAAAGUAACUUUGAAAUUAAUAAAAUAUAUAUUUUUUAAUAGCAACCAAAUACUUCAGAUAAGAUUGUUUAUUUAGUAUUUUAGCUUUAAAAAAAAUUGUAUUUGUAUUUUUCUUUAUCGUGUAUUUUUUUUCAUUUUGUUUGUUUUAUUUAUUGCGAUACUUGACUUAUUAUGAUACUUUGCCAAAACUCAAACAUUAUACCAUACUAGGGCAGCAACAAUUAUUUUAAGAAAAACUUCCCUUGAAAUUAUGAGGGAUGCAGCAAAUCUCAGAUUAAAAUAAAAACAAUCCAUAACUUGUGCAAAAUUUUCUCCUGUUUAUUUUCAUAUUUUUUUUUUUAAAAAGGAAUUAGCUUGUUAUAUAUUUUUAAUUGUAUUUUCUCAUUAAGAUGUGCUCAAAGACAAACAGGGAUUUUUGGCUUAUAAAUACACUGAAAUUUUUUAUUAAUAAAUUUUUACCUAAAUGAAUUGUUGAUUUUUUUAAAAACUCAUGAAGCUGUCAAUAUAUUCUUACAAUGUUGUCAAUGACUUAUAUUUGAAAAGCCAGGUAACAGGUACUAUACCAACUAUGUUAUACUUUCUCAGGCCCCAAUUUGCGCUUUUGGAUGAAUGUACCAGUGCAGUUUCCAUUGAUGUUGAAAGCAAAAUAUACUUGAGCUUGAAAGCUGCAGGAAUCACCUUGCUGACAAUAACACAUAGACCUACCUUGUGGUAAAUUUUAAAAAUGUUGUGGGCAAUAUUUAAGUAAUUACUCUGAGUUUAUGAUACAGCCAAGUUCCACCUGAUACAUGGAAAAUGGAAUGUUGUUAGUUUCUUAAGUCAUAAACUCUAACAGACUUGCAAAAUUAUUUAAUAAUUUAUUUAUUUUUGUGUAGGAAAUUCCACUCUCACUUGUUACAAUUUGAUGGUGAAGGUGGUUGGAGGAUGGAAGAGCUAGACUCCAAUGCACGCCUGACUCUGAAUGAAGAGAAACAAAAGCUGGAGAGUCAGUUGGCAGGGAUGCCCCGCAUGCAGGAGAGACUGCAAGAACUGUGCACUCUUUUAGGAGAUGACUCGGAACUGCUGUCUCCUGCUGUGCUUGAGUCAUCUGGGCAAGAAGAAGAGGGAAACAGCUCAUUCGAGUUAGAAGCCUCUGAAUAAAACUUUUUAGAUCACUACAGGCUGAAAACUUUUGUUUAUAUCUUGAUUAAAGUAUGGUGAUUUUACAAAAAUAACAAACUAUAAAUUUUCUGCACUUACAUUAUAUAUCUUUCACAUGAGCAGUUCUCAAAUAGUGUCGUAAAAUUGUUUAGUUUUUUUUUUUCGUACUUUCUGAACAGGUUAACAGCUCCCGCAGUCACUGAGACUUAGUUAAAAGUGAUUGCAAUGCAAGUCAAUGCAAAGUUAGAUUAUGCCAUGGUAUUGAAUGUUAUGAUUGUUAAACACUUUUGUCAUUGCAAAUCAUCAAACUUAAUGUAAGGUUUUACAUUUGAUUUUUGUUGUGGCUUCUCUGGGUUUUUUUUUCAUAUUUAUUUAGGUGCCUUCAUUUAUGUGCUUGUAAUGUAAGUGUUAUAUUAGUAUGUCAGGAACAAAUGAGUUGUUCUGAACAAUGACUAGUGUUGAUCUCAUAAUAAAUUUGGCAAAAGAAUUAACAAAUUUACUCCAUGUAUGACUUUCAUUUUAAAUAAAUAGUCUCGAAGCUACAAGUUUUUUGUGAUGCCCAACUUCUAAUCCAAGAUUUCUAGUGAUACAAUAAGGUUAGCCUCAUGCUGUGUGUAUAUUUCUCUGGUUGUUACUAACCGUGGAUAAAGUUUAUCACUCUCUUCCCUGCUAUUUGAGGUACACUUUGGUUGAAGUGACAUGCUCUUCACAUGUACUUAAUCCCAUUGUUUUUUUGGCCAUGGGGAUUUUUCUGUGAUUCCAUAUUUUUGGAUGCUCUCAGUGGAACAAAUACUUAACACAUGAAACAUUCUUAGAUUUUAAUUAAAAAUAAUUUUUUGAUUAUUCUUAGAUUUUAAUUAAAAAUAAUUUUUUGAUUAGAGCACUUGAGGUCAUAGGAAGUUCCAUGAUGGUGAUGCAGAUGAAUGUGGUAAAUCCCAUGAACGUCAUUUAUGGUGUCAUUGUUGAUCAUUCAGUGAGUCAUUCUGAAGCUCAAGCCAACAUCUAAGGCAUUAUUGUAACAUCAACAUGAAUUAAUAAAUUUGAGCUUAUUUUAUUUUUUUCUUAUCGAAAUCAUUGAUAAAUUUCGCUUUUCUAAUGCACAUCUCUACUAAAAAAUACUGUGUGACGAUAUCAAAAUGUAGGCACCAAAGUGUCAUUUUAAUAUUUUUAUAACAUGUCAUCAAAAUAUGCCUGUAUUGUGGUAUAAUAAAUUUUUUUUAAAAAGCAACAUUUGGUUACAAUCUCCAUUAUUCCAAAAGAGUUAUAAUACAUAUAACUGUUAAUAUCUAGACAUCAAUAUGUUUGCCUACAUUAAAGUUAAUGUUUUAAAUGUAAACCAAUAGAUAAUAGAGUGAAAUAGAGCUACCUAAAAAUUUUGAACUUUGAUAUUUUGUUCUCCUGAAAGUUAGACUCUGAAUAUGUUUAGAAUUAAAUGUACUUGUCAAGAGCUCAUUUAAAUUUUUCAGAGAAGACAAUGAAUUAUAAAUGAAUAAAGUAUAAAGUCCAUGAUUUUGCAACAAAUUUGUUAUUCAAUUACCAUUAAAAUAUUUUGUCAUAACUUAAAACACCAACAAAAUUUAUGUUAAAACAAGC